ACUUUGGAUUACUUCCUUAUUUUUAUUCAGCACUUUUCGAUAGUUGAACUGAUUCGAGGACUUUUGUAACUAAAGUUUUGUCGAAUGUUUGGUUAAAUAUUUAAAUUAUUUAAAGUACUUUGGUAGCAUAUAUAACAACAAUGACCGAUCUUCAGUGGGUGUGCCAAAAUGGUGAGAUAGAGAAGCUAAAAGAACUAAUUGGGAAAGGAGCUAAUGUCAACCAAACUCUUUCAAUGGGAAGAAGACCACUGCAUUUUGCAGCUGACUACGGCCAAACAGAGAUCAUCAGCAAGUUAAUCGAAAAUGGUGCAGAUGUCAAUGCUAUAGACAAAAAUAACAUUAGUGUCCUACUUGCUGCAAUAUUCGAAGGUCACACGUCAAGCGUUCAACUUUUACUUGAAAAGGGUGCAAGGAAGGAUGGAACUUUUGAUGGCCAAAGCUAUAUUGAGUUGGCAGACAAAAAUGAAAUCAAGGAACUACUGAAGUAACUGUUUCAGAACUGUGUGUACACUGUGUCUUUCUCGCAUGAAAUGAGUCAAAAGUCUCAAAUUGUAGACAUUUUUGUAAACUUCUUAAACCGAAGCAGUCUCGAAAACUUCUCAAUCCAGAGACAUUUCCAAAAACUUUUCAAAUUGGAACAUCUCUUUUAACUUCUCAAACCAAAGAAGUCUUUGAAACUUCUCAAACAAAAGAAGUCUUUCAAACUUCUCAAACCGAAAAAGUCCCUUAACUUCUCAAACCGGAGACAUUUCCAUAAACUUGGACACAUCUCUGUAAACUUCUCAUACCUUUGAUGUCUCCCUAAACUUCUCAAACAAGAGCCUCUUCGUAAAUGUCUCAUACCGGAAACGUCUUUGUAAACUUCUCAAACUGUCAAAGUUUCCGUAAACAUUGCAAACAAUAGACGUAUCCCUAAAUGUUUCACGUCAUAAUCUCUUAACAUACAGUGUCUUACACCAAGUACAAUCUAAGAUUCUUUGUUAUUUUUCCUUCUCAAAAUGCUUUCAGAACAACAAAUCUUAAGAUUUCAUAUAUUUUAAACUUUAAUUUCCUUCACGAUCCAAUGAUGGAUCUCGAGGAUACAUCUGCUUUGAACCUAAGUGAACUCUCAGUUGAUAAAUUGGUUUGUUGAGUACGAGUGUUUUAUGUGAGUAGUAUUGGCAAGUCGUUUCAAUCACUCUGCAGUUUAAAAAGUCUGCUGUGUUGACAUUACUCAAAAUAAAGACAAAGGAAUCCUACAUUAUUAAAAUUCAUUUCAUGUAAGAAAGUCAUCAAAUUGUAGUAUGACACUUGUGUUUUUUUAAAAGAACUCACUGAAUUUUGUAUUACUAGUUAGAUAUCUAUUUGCAGCAUAUGCUUAAAACGUGUAUAAAAAAAUAAUCGUUGGUUUAAAAUUAUUAACUCAUCAUGAUCUUUAAAUGUAAUUGCAAUCGAUAAUAAUUAUGACUAAUUUGUUAAAAUAUCUCGGAGCUAGUCAGGAAAGUUAAUUGUUUAAAAUUCUUGUUAUUUGCUUUGAUAAGACAUUGUUUCUGAUUUAAUUAGACAAUUAAAAUAGUUUGAGAAAACUUUUUUCGAUCUGAAAUGCUUUCGUCUUCAAGGAAAUAAUGUUUGAAAUUUCAGUCAAAUAUAUCAAAACUAUUUGAAAGUUGAAAUCAAUGUUUCUUGAAAAUGAACUCCUAUUUUGAUGAUAUUUUCAUUGGUUUUAAAUCCUUUAGUCACGACUACACCUUCUGCUUCGGUGGAAGAUGUUUUAAAAAAGCUAAUUCUAGAGAAAAAGAAAGACUUUUAAGAGGCUGAGAAAAUGUAUCGGUGGACAAAUUCUAGCUGUUUAGUGGAUUAAUUAUAGAAAUGUUAUUUACCAUUGGCCGGUAGAUCAGAAAUGCGAAACACCAAAACCCCAAGGUUUUGCCAGCGGAAAUGCCCUUUGCAAAUUGAAAUGACAUUGCCCCAUCAAAGAUGAGUGUUGGUUAGCAAGUAGUUGCAAAAAGGAGAAUAUAAUGUUGCAGUUUAAUGGACUUACUGGUAAUAAAUAAUUAUCUCUAUGAGAUUUCAAAGCAACAACUACUUCUCGGAGACAAAUGAUGAACUUGUUGUAUAAAAGUGCAUGCAGAUAUUUAUUUUUUACUAGUUUGCGUUUUUUUUUCUUUUUCUUAAAGAUGAAGGUUAAGGCCCUGGGCUUUCCCAGGUUUGGGCGAAAACUUAUUUAAAUCAUCGUCAAUUCACUUAUGUUUUUCAGUGGUCAUUUUACGCAGGUUUAUGGCUGCAAUAGAUAGGUUUCUCUUGGUUUCUGUGUGAACAAAUGUGUUUGGUUUUCAGUGGUCUUUUUGCGUAGGUAAAUGGCCACUUUAAAGAGGUUUUUUUCCCCAGGACCUGUGAAUGUAUGCUUUACAGAGAUAAAUGGCCACAUCUUAAAAGUUUUAUGUGGAAACAUGAAAUUUACGCAUUUAGAAAACUUGCCGUAUACAUGAAAUGUAUUUGUCUUUAAAAAAUAUUUUAAUAUUUGUCUUUCUGUCAUACCCCUUUUCGAUAAAAUUACUGACAAUUUCAAUUUCAGUUAACCACUAAAAAAUAUUGUUUAAAAUUUUGCUUAAAGUACGUUAAUUGGUGUAAAACCGCCCAAUUCGUACAUCAAAUACCUGUAUUUUUUAAUAAUUGAGAUAGUUGUUUGAUUAUGGAUUUGCAUAACUUUAGUGGUACGAUUUGCAUAAUAUUUCAUUGAUAAGUGAUCAUUUUUAGGUUUACACACUUGUUUGGGAAUGUUGGGUGACAUGCGAGUAUCAAUAAUUAGAGCAAUAGGAUACUUAGCAAAGUGGUUUGGGUGCAUUUUGGUAAUUUUUGAAAGAGGGUUAUAAAUUUCUUCCUUUAACACUUGUUUCUUAGUUUGUUAAGAAUUCAAGAGUCGUGAUCAGAGCAAGGGUAGUGAACUUAAAGUGAGGAACACUUUUAAUUUUAUGUAUCAUCAUUAUGAAUUUAUUAAAACCAAAAAAUGUAUUGAUAAUUA